AUGACAAACCAAUACUACCUCAGCAAGGAACAGUGCCCUAAGACUCAGACAGAAAAAGAAGAAAUGGAUAAGGUACCCUAUUCUAAUGCAGUUGGAUCUAUAAUGUAUCUUAUGGUAUGUACAAGACCUGACCUAGCAUAUGCUAUAAGUGUCUUAAGCAAAUAUAUGGCAAAUCCUGGAAAAGAGCAUUGGGAGGCUAUGAAAUGGGUAUUUAGAUAUCUACUUGGUUCUACUGAAACAGGACUUAAGUUUACUAAGAAACUAAACUGCACUUUGAUAGAAGGAUAUAGUGAUGCUGACUAUGCAGGUGACAAGGACAACAGAAAAUCUACCUCAGCAUAUUUUUUCUUAGUGGAAGGAAACUGUGUAAGCUGGAGAGUUCAACUACAGCCAGUAGUGGCCCUAUCAACUACUGAAUCCGAAUAUGUAGCAGUUACAGAGGCUAUAAAGGAGGCAAUAUGGAUCAAAGGUCUAAUGGAAGAACUAAGCCUAUUAAGAGAAAAAUCUACAGUCUAUUCAGAUAACCAAAGCUGCAUACACCUAUGUAAGAAUCCAGUUUUUCACGAUAGAACUAAGCAUGUAGAAAUAAAGUAUCAUUUUAUAAGGGAUCAAGUAACACAGGAAGUGGUCAACAUUGAGAAGGUGCCUACUGAGGACAAUCCUAUAGACAUGGGUACUAAAGUAUCCGUCAAGGAGGAUAACAACACCACUAUUCGAGUCAGGACUCUCAGGGAAUACUAA